CAACGACAACAGCAACGACAACAGCAACGACAACACCAACGACAACACCAACCACAACAACAACGACAGCGACAACGACAGCGACAACAUCAGCGACAACAGCAAUGACGACGACAACCACCACGACAACGACAACAGCAACGACAACAGCAACGACAACAGCAACGACAACAGCAACGACAACAACAACGACAACAACAAGGACAACAAUAGCGACCACAACAGCGACAACAACAACGACAACAGCAACGACAACAGCAACGACAACAGCAACGACAACAACAACGACAACAACAAGGACAACAAUAGCGACCACAACAGCGACAACAACAACGACAACAGCAACGACAACAGCAACGACAACAGCAACGACAACGACAACGACAACGACAACGACAACGACAACGACAAUGGCAACGACAACGACAACGACAACGACAACACCAAGGACAACAGCAAGGACAACACCAGCGACAACACCAGCGACAACACCAACGAUAACAACAACGACAACAGCAACGACAACAGCAACGACAACAGCAACGACAACACCAGCGACAACAGCAACGACAACAACAACGACAACGACAAUGGCAACGACAACAGCAACGACAACGACAACGACAAUGGCAACGACAACGACAACGACAACAGCAACGACAACGACAACACCAAGGACAACAACAAGGACAACAGCAAGGACAACACCAGCGACAACACCAGCGACAACAGCAACGACAACAACAACGACAACACCAACACCAACAAGGACAACAGCAACGACAACAGCAACGACAACAUCAAUGACUACACCAGCGACAACAGCAACGACAACAACAACGACAACGACAACACCAACAAAAACCACAAGGACAACAGCAACGACAACAGCAACGACAACAGCAACGACAACAACAACAACAACGACAACGACAACACCAGCGACAACAACGACAACAUCAACGACAACACCAACAACAACAACAACGACAACAGCAACGACAACAGCAACGGCAACAACAAUGACAACGACAACGACAACAUCAACGACAACAACGACAGCAUCAACGACAACACCAACGACAACAACAAAUACAACAGCAACGACAACAGCAACGACAACAGCAACGACAACAGCAACGACAACACCAACGACAACGACAACACCAACGACAACAACGACAACAUCAACGACAACAGCAACGACAACAACAGCAACGUAAUGUGGCUGGUCGUAUUAUUGUGA